CCAAAUGAUACAAGCACCUAUCAAUAGCCUAUAGAUAUAUAUCCACGAAACGAAGUUAAGAGCUGUAGUUACGAACAUGACAAAAAAAGCAAUGUUAUAUUAUUUGCUUUUGCUGAUUCCAGUAAUUCAUGGGAUCAAAUACUCUCAUCAUAAUCUAUAUGGAGCAGAGAAAAUAGGAUGUUUCUCAAACAUUUGUUGGGAUAAUCAUUCUUACCCAAUCGAGAAAAUUAAUCAGAAAAUGUCUGAAUCCAACCUUGAGAAUACCGUUGGAUAUUUGGAUGGUCUGGAAACUGUUCAAAAGCCCUUGGGCUCUUGCAGUAUGUGCAAUAUGAUACUGAAUAUGCAGGUGAAACCACUCUCAAUAAUAGAGGAAGGAAAAAAGUAUUUCAUUAUACAUUCUAGAAAUUACAAGCAGACUGAAAUCACUUUGAAUGUUUGUAGCAUUGAUCAGUCCAACUCGAACUGUAAAAAUGGCUGGAUUCCACUUGAUCAUGAAAAAGAAUGUAGGCAGAAAUCCACUUCAAUGACUGUUCUUGCAUACGACGAGACGAAAAAUGAAUUUGUAGGAAAAACUUUUUCGUAUCCCAGUGCCUGUGAGUGCAUCGUGAAAAGUAUUUACUGAAUUUUGUUGUAUGACUAUCAGUAAUGAAUAUUCAAUUUAAAAUCAGUCUUCCGAAUUAAAACUUUGUUUUCCCA